ACGUAAAACAGGUUGCUGUGUAGUUGUUGGUUGUAUCGCCCCAAUAGCCCCACUCCUAUAUAAGCAAACGGAGGGACGGACGGUCUUUUCAGAGUUUAAAGAGACUGACAAACAGAACACAUUAUUAUUACUUAUUAUUUAUUAUAGCAAACAGGGAAGUGAGGGAGUGUAGUUAGGUAUAAUUAUAGCAAACAGGGAAGUGAGGGAGUGUAGUUAGGUAUAAUCAGAAUGGAUGCAGAUUACGGCAUACCUCGACAACUCUCUGAUUUGCAAAAACUUCGAUCUCAGUAUCAGCCUGAACUUCCUCCUUGUCUUCAGGGUACUACUGUCCGGGUGGAGCUGCGUGAUGCAACCACUGCAGCAGAUCCCUUUGGUGAACACACAAUUAAACGGUUCUUCCCACACACUUACGGUCAGCCAUUAGCCCAUUUUCUGAGGGCAACUGCAAAGGUCCCUGAUGCUCAGAUAAUUACUGAACAUCCUGCAAUUAGGGUUGGGGUGGUGUUUUGUGGUAGACAAUCUCCUGGAGGACACAAUGUGAUAUGGGGUCUUCAUGAUGCUCUUAAGGUUCACAACCGCAAAAAUAUCUUGCUUGGGUUUUUAGGUGGUUCAGAAGGUUUAUUUGCACAAAAAACUCUAGAGAUCACCGAUGAUGUUCUUGCUACAUAUAAGAAUCAAGGUGGAUAUGACAUGCUGGGACGGACAAAAGAUCAAAUUAGAACGACUGAGCAAGUAAAUGCUGCAAUGGAUGCAUGCAAAACUCUGAAACUGGAUGGCCUUGUCAUCAUUGGAGGAGUGACAUCAAACACCGAUGCUGCUCACCUGGCAGAAAAAUUUGCAGAAACAAAAUGCCCUACAAAAGUGGUUGGUGUUCCUGUUACAUUAAAUGGGGAUCUCAAGAAUCAGUUUGUGGAAGCAAAUGUUGGUUUUGACACAAUAUGCAAGGUUAACUCCCAACUAAUUAGCAAUGUAUGCACUGAUGCACUCUCAGCUGAGAAGUAUUACUAUUUUAUCAGACUCAUGGGGCGGAAGGCAUCACAUGUUGCAUUAGAGUGCACUCUGCAGUCGCAUCCUAAUAUGGUGAUUCUUGGAGAGGAGGUAGCUGCAUCAAAGCUUACUAUUUUUGACAUCACACAACAAAUUUGUGAUGCAGUUCAGGCUAGGGCUGAGCAUGAUAAAAAUCACGGUGUUAUCCUGUUGCCUGAGGGGCUUAUAGAAAGUAUUCCCGAAGUAUAUGCUCUAUUGCAGGAAAUUCAUGGUUUACUCAGGCAAGGUGUUUCUUCUGAUAAGAUUUCCUCUCAACUAUCACCAUGGGCUUCUGCACUUUUCGAUUUUUUACCGCAUUUUAUCAGAAAACAGCUUCUCCUGCACCCAGAAUCAGAUGACUCUGCUCAGCUAUCGCAGAUUGAGACUGAGAAACUUAUAGCUCAUCUUGUGGAAACAGAAAUGAACAAGCGGUUGAAAGAAGGAACUUACAAAGGAAAGAAAUUUAAUGCUAUUUGCCAUUUCUUUGGUUACCAAGCACGGGGAUCAUUGCCAUCAAAAUUUGAUUGUGACUAUGCCUAUGUACUUGGUCACAUUUGCUACCAUAUUUUAGCUGCUCGUCUCAAUGGUUACAUGGCUACUGUGACCAACCUGAAGAAUCCUGCUAACAAGUGGCAUUGUGGUGCUGCCCCUAUAUCUGCAAUGAUGACUGUUAAGCGUUAUGGUCGUGGUGCCGGCCAAGCAUCAAUUGGAGUACCUGCUUUGCAUCCUGCUACUGUGGAUUUGAAGGGAAGAUCAUACGAGUUGUUGAGUCAAAAUGCAACAAAGUUUUUGUUGGAUGAUGUUUACAGAAAUCCAGGCCCCCUCCAGUUUGAUGGCCCUGGUGCAGAUGCCAAGGCCGUUACCCUUUGUGUUGAAGACCAGGAUUAUAUGGGUCGUAUUAAGAAAUUGCAGGAGUACCUGGACAAGGUGCGUGCAAUUGUGAAGCCUGGAUGCUCACAAGACGUCCUGAAGGCUGCAUUAAGUGCCAUGGCUUCUGUGACUGACAUUCUUUCAGUGAUAUCGUCGCCCUCAAGUGCGAGCACGCCAUUUUAGAUGAGAACCACCAUCUUUUAACAUUGAGAAGAUUUGGAGGAGCUCCUGCUUUGCACGCCAAAGAUGGGCUCUUGGAUCUAGGUGCAGAGCAGCUUCUUGAUUGUGAUUAUAUAAGUUUCCAUCUUUGGCGGCUGUUUGCUUAGUUGUUUUGUGCAUUUUUUUUUUGUUUUUUCCUAUUUUGUAAAAGCAAAAUAAUGUUGAGAAGAUUAUAAAAGAGUGUUUGUUGAGGGAUCCAAA